AUGAUCAAUACGUCGAUCACGAUCUACCAGUUGAUCUCUGAGCUGAAGAAGCUCCUGCUGACUCCCCCCAACGUCCCCGCCGCCAUGGACCUGCACAAAGAUGGCCAUCGCUACGGCAACAGAAGCCUGCGCCUGAGGCCCGUCAGGCCUGUGGCAAAGAGCGACCUCCCUCUGGAGCGUAAGCCCCGCGCGGUGCGCCCGGCGGGGCGUCUGUGCACGGAGCUGCACCGCCACCUGACCACCGCCCCCCCCGCCGACACGGAGGAGGACGAGGAGGAGGACAGCGAGUCCGAGGAGGAGGAGGAGGAGGAGGAGGAGGAGGAGUCCUCCGGCAGCGAGGCGGAGGGCGUUGCCGUGGCGCCGGCGGGCGUUGCCGUGGCGCCGGCCCCGCCCCAGUUCGGCUCGGAGAGGGAGCUGCGCUCCGUGGUGGAGCUCAUCACCUACAUGCACACCUACUGCCUCCCCACGCGCAAGCAGCAGGGCUGGGAGCGCCGGGAGCCGGCCCGGAGGGCCCCGCGCCCCGCCCACAGCCGGCUGGUGCUGGUGGCCCCGCCCGCCCCCCCCACCGCCCCCCCCGCCCCCCGCAGGCUGCCCUUCGCCCGCCGCCGCCAGGCCCGCGCCGACUCGCUGCUGCGGGACCUUCUGCAGCAGAGCGGCGUCUUCGACGUGAGCCAGCCCUACCGGCUCACCAGCCCCCCCUACGCCCAGAGGGGGGGGGAGGGCCAGGGCCAGGGUCAGAACCAGGGUCAGAACCAGGCCCAGACCCAGACCCAGACCCAGGCCCAGGCCCAGACCCAGACCCAGACCCAGGGUCAGGACCCGGCUCAGACCCCGGACCCGGCCGGCUCCAGCAGGCCGCAGCCCUGCAGAGACUCCUCAGAGAGGGGGGGCCCCGGGGGGCGUGGCCCCGGGGGGCGGAGCCCCGAGCGUCCGGCUGACGGCGGCUCCUUCUCCGUGCGGCGCUCCCGCCGACUGGCCUCGUUCCCCAGCCGCUUCGCCAAGAGGCCCCGCCCGAACCGGCCCCGGGACGAGGACCAGGAGGACCGGGGGGGUCAGGGGGACCGGGGGGAACUCAGGCUCCUGCCCACCCAGGCAGGAGGAGCCAUGGAGACGCAGGCCGAGCUGCCCCCCCCCCCAGAGCCCACCAAACCCUGCUGCCACGAGAAGCGCGCCUGCCUCUGUCUGCCCCUCAACCCAAAGCCCACUGGGGAGGCCCCGUUCAGCACCAAGCCCUUCGAGCAGACGCUCAGCGUGGACCUGUGUGGAACAGCAGAGGGGCCAGAGGAAGAGGAUGGAGGCCUGGAGGGCCCCAAAGGCCCAGAGGUCCGGCUCACCCAGGAGCCGUUACCACAGCAACCACCCCGGGACGGAUCCCCCCCCCGCUCCCCCCGGCCUGGGGGGGUUAGGGUCGGUUCCCCCCCCCCAGACUGCCCCUCCGCCACGCCGCCGGCCUCUGAGGAGGAGGAGCCAGAGGGGUCCUCCCGCUCCCCCUCGCCCGUCCUCCACCUGUGCCCCGACUCCCCCUCCAGCAAGACCGACUCCAGUGAGAACUCGGAGAUCUGUGAGGACAAACAGAGGAUCAAAGCCACGUCUGAAGAGGACAACUGCCAGGUGUUUUACAUCCACAACCUGCCCAGCAGCGUGACGCAGAACAUGCUGAGGAAACGCUUCCAGGUGUUCGGCAGCACGGAGGAAUGCAAAGUCAUCAUCUGCAACGAGGAGCGCUGCGGGGUCAUCAAGAUCCGGCAGGCCGGAGCCCAGAGGCACCGGAAAGAGCGGGAGGCCUUUUUCCAGAACGGGAACGCCGGCCUCCGGAGGCUGACCCGGAAGCGCUACAUCGACCUCGAUGAGGCUGGCCCCGGCCCGGUGAAGAGUAAGUACGACGCUCUGGACUUUGACACCCUGCUGAAGGAGGCCCAGAAGUCCCUGCAGCGCUGAGCGCCCCCUGGAGG